GCAAGUUUUGCGUGCCAACCGUGACGACUGACGAGUCUGGCUGGCCAACGACCGAUCCAAGUAUCCAACUAAUCAGAAACUCGCCCGAGAGGCCGAGACUAUAAGUUCCCAGGCAUUAAAUCAUGUUCUUGCAUCGCAACAGAACAGAUCCAAAGGGACAUUACGAAGCAAACCAUCUCAAAAGAAACCAGCAGCCAGCCAUGGCUUCCGCCACGAGCUUCUCCCUGGCCGUGAUUCUGGCGUGCAUGCUCCUCGCCAGCAGCACAUGCCAAGGCGCGCGCCACUUGGCUGACACGACUCCGGCGGCCGCUCCUCCCGCUGCCGCCGUCAUCCCCCCUGGCAUUCCGGCCGUGCCGACAUUGCCCACGGUGCCAGCGGUGACCAUGCCACCCAUGCCGGCCGUGCCCGCGGUCACCGUGCCAUCCGUGCCGCAGGUGACCCUGCCGCCCAUGCCCAAGGUUACGAUGCCGCCGAUGCCCGCCGUCGUCGUGCCCAAGGUGACCAUGGCGCCGAUGCCCGCCAUGGUUGUGCCCAAGGUGACGAUGCCGCCGAUGCCAGCCAUCGUCGUGCCCAAGGUGACCAUGGCGCCGAUGCCUGCCAUUGUCGUGCCCAAGGUGGCCAUGGCGCCGAUGCCUGCCAUCCCGAGCGUGAACGUGCCCAUGCCGUUCCUGGCGCCGCCCCCGUCAGCAUAGGCGUGCUCCACUUGACGGGGUGGCCAGGGUCUUCUACACGCUGCACUGGCUAGGUCAUCUCGGUUUGCUGUCGCACAGUAUUUGUUUUCCCGUUGUACGUCCUACGUUUCAAGUUUUGGCACUUCGUAUUUUCUUUCCCCGUUGGUGUAUGUAGGGUCUGUUGAUUGUCGAGAGUUGUCUCAUUGUACGUAUCCGGUAUAUUUCCAUGUGUUUAAACCAUAUAUUCUACGACAUGUCGACGAUGUCGUGUUUAUCUUUA